AUGAUACUCGACAGUCAUCCCGGAGUGGACAGCCCUCACCAGAUAUACGGCGAGACUCCGCUCAUCCUCGCAGAGCCAACUUCUUAUUAUGGUGUCGACCGUGGCUUCAAAGAUUUAGAUAUGGGCAAGAACGAUGACAUGAACGCCAUCACUGGCUCUUCGCCAAAAUUAUCUCGCGAUCUCAAAGACUUCCUUAAUGAUGGGACGGCUGACGACGAUGACUGUGCCACUGAAUUUGGUUUCGGCGUCGAGACAAACGAUUUGGACUAUGGCCCUGGAGGUUACUACGACAAGCCUGUGUUCAUCCGGAUACCGCGUAAUCUCGAGCCCCUUCCGUCCAAAUUGCGCGAGAAUCCAAUGAAUCUGCUGUACUUCCAUCACUUCAUGAACCACACCGCGAGAGUCUUGGUUCCCCAUGAUGACCCAGUGUCAAACCCGUUCCGGACUGUCCUUCCGCAUAUGGCUGUUACCAACGACAAUCUUCUGAGUCUUUUACUCGCUUAUUCAGCCUUGCGCGCAGCUCUCAGUGAUCCAACCAAGAGCAUUUCGAAUGCGAAUAUUGCCACGGCAAUCAUGCUCGCGUCACUUGAGAUUGUAUCUCCAACAGCAUUUGGUUAUACAAUUCCCUGGCAAAAGCAUCUUGGACUAGCACGGGAACUCAUUGCUGCUCGACCUGAUGGCCUUCGAUGGACGCGGCAUUGGUCUAAAGAGGACCAGGUCUGCUCUUUUCUCUGGAGCUGGCUCGCAUAUCUCGAUGUUCUAGGUACAUUGAGCGGUGGUCCGACAGAGAGCUCGCCGUCGUGGGUGUUAGAGUAUCAGAUUGAUGAACACCCCGAUGAGUUCGACGAGAUAGAUUGCAUCAUGGGAUUCACCACUCGCUGUGUUUACAUCUUGGCAAAGAUCGCUGAGCUUGCUAGAGCGUGUGACAGGCAGCGCAUUGGGCCGGAUCACAGGAUCAUCCCCUACUGGAAGCCAUCCCCAGAGCUCAUCACCAAGGCAUGGAAGCUCGAGGAGGAGGUCAAGGCAAGCCUGACUCUCCCGCCCCAGCCGUGCAAGCAUCUCCACGCUUCUGGGGAUGUUGCAAGGUGGGAUGCUAGAGAAAUGCAGUCUACAAAUGACGCAUUCCACUGGGCCGGACUCGUUCAUCUACACCGCCGGGUCCUCGGGAAGCCCUCAGAGCACGAAGAUGUCCAAGCUGCGGUUCUGAAGAUCCACGAAUGCCUCAAGAAUAUUCGCAUGGGUGGCACUGCCGAGGCAUGCUUGUUGUUUCCGAUGUUCACAGCGGGAUGUGACACGCUUGAUGAGACGCACAGGGCAAUGAUUGCUCAAAGGCUCAUGUCUGUUGAGAGCACCGGCAUGAUGCAGGUGCACAAGGCCCGGAGACUGAUGCAGAAGGUAUGGGAGACGGGUCAGCCCUGGGAGACAUUGUCAAGCUCGGAGUUCAUCGGAUGA